GUGCUCUGUGCACUGAGAACCUUGUAAUACUGCACUUGAUCUGAGCACACAAAUUGAAAUAGUACUUUUUAGUUUGUUACUUUCUUUUAUUAUUUAAUUUGAUGAAGCUGAACAGUCUAAUGUCCAUUAUUCUAUCAAAUGAUAGUAGUUAGUGUAAAGUCAUUGAAUUAUCACCAGUUUGAAUUACAGUGUGAAUGAGCUGCACUGGCUGAAUAUUUUCCUCAUGAUUGUCUCAGCCUGAUGGAUAUGGAGAAGUUGGGGAAAUCUCUUCAGCAGAGCUCUUCUAUGAAGAAGAUGAGUAGUGUUGACAUCCAGCACACCCUGGACAAUCUCACUGCUGAUUGGUCAAAACUGGACAGGAUGUGGACCAGUAGGAAUCAGCGCUUGGAGCAGGGGGUGGAGUUCCAGAGGUUGAACCAGGAGGGAGACCGGAUUGAGGCGGCGUUGUCCGGACAUGAAGCCCGACUAAGGGUCAAAGACGUCGGGGACUCGGUGGACAGUGUCCACAGUCUGCUGGGCCGACAGGAGGAGAUGGAAGGUCUCCUGAAGGCUUUGGACCAACGGAUUGAUCAUUUCAGUGAGCGCAGCCUGGAGCUAAUCAACCGACAACACUAUGCUGCUAAAGACAUCAAGGAGAGAAGCAGGAGCAUCCAAAGGGCCAAUAGGAGGCUGAAAGACGGCAGCAGGCAGAGGAGGACUCUGCUGCUGGCCUCAAAGAAAUACCAGGAGUUUCAGAGGGAUGCAGACGAGCUGCUGCUGUGGAUGGAAGAGAAGUUUAAGGUGGCUGAGGACGAGUCAUAUCGUGACCCCACCAACGUCCUCCCAAAGCUGAAGAGACACGAGGCAGCUGAGAAGGAGAUGCAAGCUAAUCAGGUCUGGCUGGACAAACUGGUUCAGCUGGGACAGGAGAUGCUUGCCGAAGAGCACUACAACAGUCAGAGCAUCAGCAGAAAGACGACUCAGCUUAGCAGCCGGUGGAGGAGACUUCAGGACAAGAUGGAAGACAGAGGAGACAAACUGAGACAGGCAGGACAGCAGGAGCAGCUGAUGGAGCUGCUUCAGGAUGCCAAACUGAAGAUAGAAGCCAUCCAGUGGAUGCUGAACAACGCUGCCAAAGGUCACGACCUACGCUCCAGUCGACAGCUGCUAAAGGAGCAUCAGCAGCUGGAGCAGGAGGCCAAGGAGCUGGCAGACAAGAUCAACUCCAUCGUCAGCCGAGCCAAACAUCUCGCCACCAAACACUUUGACUCUCACAGGAUCCUCCAGGAGACGGACACUUACCUCACCCUAUUCAAAUCUCUCCAGAAGCCUCUUGACCGGCGUCGAGCUCAGCUGGAGGCAUCGGUGCUGCUGUUUGGCUUCUAUCACGAUGUGGCCCUCGAGCUCAGCUGGAUCUCUGAACACCUUCCUGCCUCCGGGUCCACAGGAUACGACAAGUCUCUGGCUGGAGCCAUCAGCCUCCGAGCAUGUGUGUUUCUCCAGGAGCUACAGGCUGAAGUUAACGCUCAUCAGAAACACCUGAACCAGGUCCUGGAGAAAGGCCGGACUCUGGCCAAAACCAGCAGCUCAGACGGAGAGGAAGUGCUCCAGAGGUGCUUCCACCUGAGUGCUGAGUGGGAGGAGUUUGAGGAGGCAUGCAACAGACGAGCAGCCCAUCUGAGCAAGGCCGUCACCAGAGAACAGCUGCUGUUCGACUGCUCGGAGCUGGAGUCCAGGCUCGCUGAGACAAUCAAUGUGGUGAACACCGAUGACUACGGCAAAGACCAACUGGCCACACGGAGCCUCCUCACCAAACAUCAGGUGUUGGAGGGCCAGCUCGAGGUGCUGGAAGUGGAGGUGGAGGAGCUGGGGGACCAGGUGGAGCAGGCAGUUCAGAACUGGAGUCUGGAGGAGCUCAGCAGACCCUACAGCCACCUGAACAGCCUGAACCAGCAGCUGCAGCACCAGGCUGCUCUCAGGGGUCAGAGGUUAAAGGAAGUCCUCCAUCUCCAUGAGUUCAGACAAGAAUCUUCAGAGCUGGAUGAAUGGAUGAAUCAGCAGAGACAGACGGCUGAGUCUCAGGACCUGGGCAAAGAUUAUCAACAUGUUCAGUUGCUUCGUGGGAAGUUUGAAGGCUUCCUGAAGCAGCUUGAGGUCGGAGAGGAACGACUGCAGAGCUGCAACGACGCAGCCUCUCGGCUCAUCCGCAGCAAACAUCCACAGAGUGCUGCAGUCAGACAAGCACUGCAGCAACUCGGUGCAUGCUGGGAUGAUUUGAAGGCUGUGGCCAGAAGGCGUCAGGAUCAGCUGCAGAGAGCUGAGGGAUGUCACCGCUUUUACCAGGAGCUGACUGACGCACUGAUGCUCAUCCAGGAGCGACAGAAAAGCAUCCCUGACGACGUGGCAAAGGAUUUCCAAGGAGUGAUGUCACAGCUGAGGAAACACGAGGCUCUGCUCCACGAGUUGGCCGUCACAGAGCAACAGUUGCAGGAGCAGCUGGAUGCUGUCGACACCAUCCUGGACCAGUGCACGCCUCAGUUGAAGCUCCGCCUACAGAACGUGCAGCAGGAAGUGGUGGAGCGGUGGGAGGAGUUAAGACUUAACACCGAGCAGAGGGAGGAGGAACUAAAACUAGCGUGUCAGCGAUACCUGUUUCUUAACACGGCGCAGGACUACCUCCUGUGGUGCAGCCAGCUGAUUGGUGCUAUGGCCGCAGAGGAGAGCAUCAGCGAUGUGGCCACUGCCGACCUCCAGCUCGCUCAGCACCAGCAGCUGUGGGCGGAGAUGGAGGCCAGACAGGAGACCUGCCAGCAGGCUCUGGACAUGGGAGAAGAACUGCAGACACAGGACCGGAGCAACAGGAAGGAGGUGGUGGAGAAGCUUGACGCUGUGCAGGCAGAGCGAGAUAAACUGGAGGAUCAGUGGAACAAGAAAAAGAGCUGGUUAGAGAGUGUGUACCUGGAGCAGGUCUUCUACAGAGACCUCCACAGCAUGGACAAGACGUCCAGCUCACAGGAGAUCCUGUUGCAGAACAGCACUCUGGGAAACACGGUGGAUGAGACGGAGGGUUUGAUGAAACGUCAUGAAGCUUUUGAGAAGCUGCUGGGGUCUCAGGAGGACAAGCUGUUCUCCCUGAAGGAGCUCGCUGAGCAGCUGAAGAAGCAGCUGAGCAGAGAGAAGAGUGGCCGGGUCCAAACCAAACUCAAAGCCCUCUUCCAGAGACGGGAUAGGAUCAAGGAGCUGUCCAUCAGACGCAGGGAUGAGCUAGAGCUUUCCAGGAUGCUGUGUAUCUACAGCCGAGAUGUUGCAGAGGCCGAGGAGUGGGUGUCUGAGCGGAUGCAGAAGAUGGCGGAGGACGGCAAAGCUGACCUGACCAAUCUGCAGACCAAGAUGAAGCUCCUCCAGAAGCAUCAGGUGUUUGAGGCUGAGAUCCUGGCGCACAGCGAGAUCAUCAGCUCCGUGCUGCUGGCUGGCGAGGAGCUGGUCUCCCUCCAUCGCCCAAGGGCCAAGGAGGUGAGGAGGAGUGCAGCCGCCCUGCAGCUCCACUGGGAGGAGCUGAAGAAGGCCGUGGCCACUCGAGGGAAAGCUCUGGAAGAUAAGAGAGACUUCCUCGAGUUCCUGCAGAAAGUAGAAGAGGUUGAGGCCUGGAUCAGACAGAAGGAGGUGAUGGUUAAUGUUGGAGAUGUUGGAAAGGAUUACGAACACGGGGUUCAACUGCUGAAGAGACUCAGCGAGUUCAGAGGAGCCAGAGACGGGGAAGCGACAGUGGACGACGCUCACAUCACAGCCAUCAACAAACUGGCGGCCAGACUGGAGAAGAGACAGAGCGACGACGAACUGGUGACCGUUAGACAGCGGAGACAGCAACUCAACGAGAGGUGGAGCAAGUUUCACGGAGAUCUCAGCACUUACAAGCGGAAGCUGGAGGGGGCGCUGGUGAUCCACGCCCUCAUCAGAGAACUGGAGGAGGUCAGGGACCGAGCCAAUGAGAAGAUGCUGCUGCUGCAAGGUCAGGACUGUGGUUUUGAUGUGGAGAGCGUAGAGAACCUGAUCAAACGUCAUGAGGAAACUGAGCGAGAGGCCGGGGUCAUCCGGGAGAGGUCAAAGGCUCUGGAGAAGGAGACGUCACAUCACCUGAAGGCUCCGUCAGCGAUGAGCGACAAUCUGAAGACCAAACAGAAGGAGGUGCAGAAGGCUCUGAAGACUCUGGAGAAAGACGUCAAACUCUGGAAGGACAAGCUGCAGGAAGCUCACCAGCUGCAGCUCUUCAAAGCUAACCAGCGCCUCCUGCUGGAGUGGAGCAUCAAGCAGAGCAAGGAGAUGGCAGAGAAAGGUCUCCCCAAGACCAGAGCGGAGGCCGAUCAGCUCAUCAUGGAGCAUCAAGACUGGAAGACAGAGAUCAACGCCCGUGCCGACCGCAUCGCCUCUGUACAGGACUUCGGUCUGGGUCUCAUCCGUUCUGGCCACGGAUCAAAAGCUGAGCUCCAGAAGGCUCUGAACCAGCUGGAGGAAGCCAAAGCUGGACUGGACGAAGCCUGGCUGAAGCGCAGAACAACACUGGAGCAGGCUCGAACCCUGCAGGUCUUCCUGGCCUCUGUGGAACAGUGUGAGAGUUGGCUCAGCAAUAAGGAAACCUUCUUGUCCAAUCAGAACCUUGGGGGCUCUGUGACAGAGGUGGAGACUCUGCAGAGGAAACAGACUCAGUUUGAGGAGGCUCUGGAGGCUCAGGCGGAGCAGUUGGACCAGGUGGAGAAACUGGCUCAGAACAUGAUCCAAGAGAAGCACUACGACUCCGACAACAUCAGAGCCAAGAGCAAGGCACUUGUUGUCAGGCGGAGUCAGUUGCAGCAGCAGAGCAGAUCUCGUCACAAAGCUCUGGAUCGAUCGCUGCAGCUGCAGCUGUUUUUAUCCAGCAGCUACCAGGUGUGUGUGUGGCUGAACGAGCGUAACGCUGUGGCAUCAGAUGAGAGCUGGAGGGAACCGACCAACCUUCAGGCCAAACUGCUGAAACAUCAGAGCUUCGAGGCGGAGAUCCUCGGGAACCGCUACAGAGUGGACACACCCACCAAGGAAGGAGAGAAGCUGCUGUCGGAGUCCAGUUCAGCUGAAGUGAAGGUUCGGCCUCGACUCAGAGAGCUGACGGACAGCUGGGACGCCCUGAUCCACAACUGCAAGGAGAAGAAAACCAGACUGCAGGAGGCCUACCAGGCGCUGCAGUUCCAGCGAUCACUGGACGACGUGGAGCAGUGCGUGGGCUCAGUGGAGCGGGAAGUAGCCAAUGAGGACUGUGGGAGUGACCUGCCGUCUGUCAGCAGGCUGCUGAAAGCCCUGCAGGGGCUGGAGGAGGAGGUGGACGGACUCAGAGACAGAAUCCAGGGCCUGGUGGAGACGGCGAAGACCUUCCACUCUCAGGGAAACUUCCUGGCUGAGGAGAUCCAGACCAGAGUGACUCACACCAUCAACAGGUAUAAUGGUCUUUCAGACCCCCUGCAGAGUCGCAGGGAAACCCUGGAGGCCUGGCAGGUUCUGUUCCAGUUCUACAGAGACCAGGAGGAGGAGGUGGCCUGGCUGAGCGUCAAACUGCCCUCCGUCACUACCAAAGACUGGGGGAGCUCCCCGAGCAGCACCCAGCAGCUGCUCCACAAACACCAGGCUGUGAUGCAGGAGAUCUCAAGCCGCGCCCCAUUGGUCCAGGCAGUUCAGGAGGCGGGACAUAGUUUGGUCAGAGGUCGUCACUUUGCGUCUCACGAUAUUCGGGAGCGUCUGGACGAGCUGAGGAGUCUCCACGAGGAACUGAUGAUGGAGGUGGAGAAAAAGGAGAAACUCCUGCAGGAGGCGCUCAGCAUCCACAACUUCCUCUGCGAGGUGUCGGAGCUGGAGCUGUGGUUGGAGGAGCAGUGGGUGGGUUUGGAGUCGCGGGAGUGUGGGAGGAGUAAGGAGGCGACCGAGGCUCUGCUGAGGAGGCUGGACUCUGUGGACGUGGAGCUGGAGAACCAGAGGAAGAUGGUGGAGAGGCUGCAGGAGAGCGGAGCGUCCCUACAGCACCUCGGACAUCCCCACAGCCACCUGGUCGCUGACUCCCUCCCUGUGGUUCUCGAGCGCUUUGAAACUAUCCUCAGACUUUCUGCCUCUCGUCGUGUUGCUCUGGAAAAUCAGCUCCGUCUCUACGUGUUCGAACGAGAGGCCAAAGAACUAGAAACAUGGCUGACCUCCAGGAAGAAUAGUGCCGAGUCUGAGGACUGUGGACAAGAUCUGGAAGACGUAGAGGUUCUUCAGAAGAAACUGGAGGUCCUGGUCUCGGAGGUGUCUGGUCUGGGUCGGAGCAGGUUGACUUCAGUGCAGCAGCUUGGCCGGGGGCUGCCACAGGAUGGACAGGCCCGCAAAAGAGACGACGCUCUCAGCGACCUUUGGGACGCCCUCAGCAGCAGCAUCAGGACCAGAGAGCAGAGUCUGCAGUCAGCGAGGGAGAUCCAUCAGUUUAAUCACGAUGUGGACGAGCUGAAGGGCUGGAUGGCUGAAAAGGAGGUGGUGCUGGACACAGAGGACCAGGACCAUGACCUGCAGUCCAUCCAGACUCUGCUCCGACAGCACGAAGCUCUGGAGAGAGACCUGGAGCUGAUCUCCGAGGAACUGAGCAGGAGAAGGGAGGAGGGCCGAGCUCUGAGCAGACGUCAGCCUCGGUCCAAACACGGUGUCACUCAGACACUGCAGGAGCUGGAAGUCUGCUGGACCCGCAUCCAGGACAAGGCCUCCCAACGCCACGCCAGACUGGGCCAGGCUGAAGAUGUGCAGAAAUACUUUUCUCACUGGACUGAACUCAUGGCGUGGCUGAAGGAGAUGCUGUCUCUGGUAAGAGGGGAGGUGCAGAGAGUGGAGGGCGCUGACUUGGAGCAGCUCCUUAAAAAGCACAACGAGUACCGCGUCCAGAUCGACCGGCAGCUCAGCAAAUCACAGGCUGCGAAGGACGAAGGGAGGCGACUGAUAGAGGAUGGAAGCUUUAUGUCCCAACAGGUGGAGGAGCGUGUCUGUGAGCUGGAGGAGCUGGAGACGCGGGUGCAGCAGGUGUGGGAGGAAACUAAGCUGCUGUACGAGGAGGAGCUGGAGAUCUCGCUCCUGCAGAGGGAGCUGGAGCAGGCAGAUCGCUGGCUGAGCUCCUAUGAAAACACUCUGACGGCCGAGGACUACGGGGACUCUGUGUCUGAUGUUAUGGAGCUCCUGAAGAGGCAGGAGGACUUGGAGGCCAUGAUCGUGGCCCAGAGCGACCGCUUCAUCGCACUACAGACGAAGAAAACACAGCGGGAGAAGAGACUGGGUCUUCAUGUAAAGGAGGACAAGGACCUUCAGGACAGGGGACCUUCUCCCAGAGUGUCAUCACUGAGGAGGAAACCAUCAGAUCCAGGGACCCCGCGGGUCUUAUCCUCGAGAGAUAUCGUUCGCAGAGUCAGCAGCAGCAGCAGUGGUGGACAGACAGACAGAAGACUCAGACCGUCCACCCUGGACAAGAAAACAGAUCAGACCAGUCCCUCCACCUCUGCUAGUCCCCCGCCGAGCCCGUCUCUGCAGCGUGAACCAGAUGUUAGGAGACGAAUCAGCACCGACAGGAAGGUUCAAGAGUUAUCCACUGACAGUCCCCCUGCUAGUCCGAGCUCCAGCCCGACUGUAAAGACCUGGAGACGUCGAAGCAGACACUCAAACCCAAACACCCCCUCCUCUCCAACACGUCCUCCAUCACCUCCACCCACCUCCCCCAAACUUCCCAUACCCCCUCAAACCUCCAUCUCCUCCUCAUCUAGAGGAGCUCUGGAGGAAGAUCCUCAUCUCACAUCCAAACCUCCUCUAGCUCCAAAGCCUAGAAUCACCUCCACUGAGCGGAGGCUUGGACGCAGCUCUGAGCACAAAUGGGAGAAGCCCACAACACCACCUGACUCACCUCCACUAAUCGGAGCGCACGUUGCUCCCACUGAACCGUCACCUCAACCUGCAGAAAGACAAACUCCCCCUGAAACGCCAACGCCUUCGGUGAGACAACGACUAACCCGCCUGGAAUCAGCAAUAAACAAACGUCCCGUCUCUCCCGACUCUCUAGCUCCACCUACCGAUAAACAGAUCGCACUACCUGAAACCACGACUGCUGAACCAAUCACAAAGGACCUCGCUCCUCCAACGAGGGAGCUGCCUCCGUCUCCUCCACAGCGUCAAAGUCAGUUUGAAGAUUUACCAGAGGACCAUCCCACAGCUGAGGUGUCUGCUGAGCAGCCAAUCAGAAUGGAGGGGCUGCUGGAGAUCAAACUGAAACAAGCAGGAAACAAGGGUGCGGAGCACUGGGAGGAGGUGUUCGCUGUUCUGGAGGGAGAGACACUCGCUCUGUUUAAAGAUCGAGCAGCUGCUGCACAGAGGACCUCUAGGUGGCCUCCUAUCAACAUGGUUGGAGCAGUUUGCAAAGAGAACCCUUUCUACAGGAGGAAGGAGAACACGUUCAAAGUGAUACUGGACGAUGGCAGUCAGUACCUGUUUGCAGCGUCCAGCCGAGAGCUUCAGCUGCUGUGGGUGACGAAGCUCCAAAACCGUCCUGAAUCUGCCAACAGCGACUCCGACGACUCGGGGAGAGCCUCCUCCGUCAACCUGAGUUUGGAGAAGUUGACCGAGGCCGCGGAGGAUUCAUCCAGACCAGCGGACAGGAGCGGUGAGAGCCUGGAGAGACAAUCGUCCACAGAGAGCCAGCCUCCUCCCAAACCCCCCCACACCUACUACGACAAACACUGCUACCCUGAGGGGGGGGGGCUGAGGACCACAGGCUUACGGACUCGUCAUCACCAUCCUCCCCCAGUACCGAGUCCUGCUGCCCCUGACAACCAGGACCGUUACAACCAGGUAACAGAGGACAACCUGAACAAAGACAAGUCCAGAAGGAGCGUCUUCAGGAAGUUCUUCACUAAGAAGUAGUUUUACAGUCGUCAAGUGCUUUUAUUCAACAUUCUCACAAAGUGCUUCCCACAAAACCCUGAGGAGAGAUAAUGAAGCUGGACAAAUUCAUGAGCCUUAAUUCUAGUUGAACAAAUCCUGAAUAAUACAAACCGGUCGCAUGUUGUUUCCUCUGAUGAGAAUCUGCUCGUGUCUGAUCCAGAAAAGUCUGAAGCGACUUCGCCUGAACAGUUUUUGCUUCGUUUCUUGAUCUUCACUUUUGAAAUGUGACACGCAGAUGAAAUCAUUGACAGGAAACCAAACUCAUUUUCAACGCGUCGCAGCAGAAAAGGUUUUUUUAAGACGUGAUGAUUCUUAAAUGAUUCAGUGUUUUUUAAUUAAUUCCAUUUACUUAUUAAUGAGCAAAAAAUCCAAACAUCUUCAGACUCAUCUUCUCCAUUCAAUCAUCAAUAAGCGAAUCAUUAAAAUGAGUCAGAUUAAGACUCUGACACGAAUCAGGAGUUCAAACACUUCAAGUCAAUUCAAGUGUUUGAGAGUCAUUCACACAAACUGGCUCCAGUUUGAUUCAGAAACAUCUUAAAUAUCUAACUCCACUGGUUUCUACAGGACAAAGUUAUUGAUAUUCACAUCGACUCCGUUGAUUACUGUGAGAAUUCUUU